CAGUGGCCGCUUCAAUUCCUCCCCAUUACCAGACCUGCCGUACUUCGUACCUCCCACAUGCGACAACGGCAAUAAUGAGGAUGAGGAUGACGAGGAUGAUAACGGCCCAAAAGUGGUCCCCGGUCCAGCUUUUCUCGCCGCCGCUGUCGCCGUCGCCGUCGCCGUCGCCGCCGUCGCCGCAGCUGCACCAUCGUCGGUCGUGGCAAUUGGCGCCGCUUUCUCCACUUGGAGGCGCUCCAAUGCGGCUUCGGCGGCCGCUGCACCCGACUGCACGGGCCGGGAUGCGAAGUAG